UGAGGAAGACAAAGAAUUUUAUCGGGCAUCAACAUCAUCUUUUCACAGGAGAGUAAUUCAAAGAUUUUCAUCGACUACCUUGAUUAACAAGCCUAUUAUAAAUAUUUUUGGAGAAAUAAAUUCUUAAGAAGGGCCGAGUUUUUUUAAAGAAAAAUUAAAAUUUUUUUUACAUGUUUCGAUAUUUUCUAGCAUAAUGAGCGCAAUUAACAACAAGCCAAUCUUCUGUCCAAAGAAAGAAAAAGUGAAAAGAUCCCAACUACUGUCUCAAUAGAGUUCGUAUUCUUGCUUGUCUUCGUAAAGAAAAGAAAUGGAAGCUUAAAUGAAAAUGUAUUAGGCUAUAGGUGAUAAGUAUCGCAUGGUAUGCAUUACUUUUUGCUUUCUUUCCUAUGAUCUAUGAGUAAAUUUUUAUACUUUACUUGUGGUAUGAGAGUGCGCCAGACCCCAUCCAGAAGGACUUGGAAAUCGAUCCAACUUCCAUUACAUCGAGCUGUCUCAUCGCAUAGAUCGCAAUUUUCGGGAUAUUUCGAUGAAAUUAGUUAUGGCGAUAUGUUUUGGACCAAAGGCGAACGCUAUUGAAAAUUGUUCCGAUUGGGCCGCUUUUUCGGCCGUUUCCUACACAACACUUUACUUUGAAAAUGUUUCACUGAAUAAGUCCAUUAAGCGAACGUGUUACAGGGUGUUUAAUGAUGUGCCGCGUUCCGCUAUGGCAUUUUUAUUUAUUUUUGUUUGUUUUUUUUUUUUUUUCUGGUUUCUUCAUAGGCAAUAUGCUGAAUAUUAACUAUUGUCUACAAGCCAAACGAUUCCAAGGUUUCUAUUUCUUAAAAUGAAGCGCAAACGUUACUCGUGUCUCUUAAAUUUCUACAAUAAUUGCUGGGCGCCGUACGUUUGGUUAUUACAUUGUUGUUUCCUAUCUGCUUGCCUAUUACCUUACCUCAAGGCAGAAGCAAGUGGUGGUUGCCCUUCCUCUGAAGCUAUAUUGCCAUGCCGUUGUUCUAUGAGAGGAAAAGAGAUGCAAAUUUGGUGCUCUCAUAGUAAUUUACCUCAAAUAAUGGAUGGCAUUAAAUCUAUUGAACGCAAUAUAAAACGUCCUAUCGAUGAAUUGGUUUUAGAGAACAACCAAUUGCCCGCGUUGCCGGGACGAUUUUUUGGUAAUUUACAAAUUGUUCGACUCAUGUUACGCCAUAAUAGCAUAGAACGUGUCUCGAAUGGUUGGCUUAACGAGCUGGAAAAUAGUUUAAUUGAGAUUUAUAUAGUGGAGCCGGAAUUGCGCAGCAUACCUGUGGAGAGUCUGAAUGGCAUGGUCAAUAUGGUGGCUAUCACAAUACAAAGUGAUGAAUUGAAACAUUUUCCUGACUUUUCAGGUCUGCUGAGCUUAGCAUAUUUAAAUGUCCAUAGUUUAGCGCUAACUGAGUUACAGUUUCACUGGUUCCGGCAUCUGCCAAAAUUACAAGAUAUACACGUUACUGGCAAUGCGAAAGGUUUACAUCGUCUGGAAUCUGGUUUGUUCGACGGUUUGACAGCCGUAAAAAAUAUUGAUUUGAGUCGUAAUGGUAUAAACUGGAUACAUUUGCGAGCGUUAGCCCGAUUGCCAAGCUUGAUGAACUUAAAGUUGUCACAUAAUCAGAUCAGCGAUGUCGGCAUGAUUGGUCGUAUUGUUAAAGAUUUGGAAAGCCUUAAAAAACUCAGAUUAGAUCAUAAUAUUAUAAAUAUUGUGGAAGAUGGUUCUUUUGUGGAUUUACCUUACCUUUCCGAACUGCAUUUGAAUGAUAAUCGUAUAACUGAGAUUGAAUACGGCGCUUUCUUACGCAUCCCAAUGCUAAAGACCAUUUACUUACACAAUAACCAUAUUAAGAGAAUACAUCCAGAAUCAUUUUUACAAGCCUCCGGCAGCGGCGUUGAAACCAUGUAUAUAUAUAACAAUGAAAUUGAGCAAGUCAGUGAAUUGCGUUCAUUGUUGGAAGCAUUGCCAGCUCUUAAAUUCUUAGAUAUUAGCAAUAAUUAUUUGAAAGACAUACAUUUUGGUGCGCUGAGAGGUCAUGGCACCCUGGAACAGCUGCACAUCAAUAACAAUUUACUAAGGAAUAUUGAAAGAGAUGCACUUAUGGCUAUGCCCGCCUUAAGAGAAUUGAGAUUGCGUAACAAUAGCCUAAGUCAUGAGCUUAGUAUGCCUUUUUGGAAUCUGCCCGGCUUAAAGGGCUUAGAUUUAUCAAUGAAUAAUUUUCGUUGGGUAGACUCAUUGCUUUUAGUCGGUUUGCCUUCGUUAAGGCGUUUAGAUUUAAGCGAAAAUGGUUUAAUUAAAUUGGAUCCCACGAUUUUCAUACAUAAUUCCAUGCUAGAGACAUUGAAUAUAUCAGCUAAUGAGUUGGUUUCCAUACAUGCGGCAACCUUUACGAAUUUAGAUCAUCUAUUCGAAGUAGAUGCUAGUUUUAAUCAAUUGUUGGAAGUGAUACCGGGAUUACCAAAAAUUGUCGAAAGAAUUUCAGUUAGAGGUAACUUCAUCAGUUCCUUGCCUCCUGUAAAUACAAAAACUUUAAAUUUACCCAAUCUAAGAAUGUUAGAUUUAAGUUUGAAUCGUUUGGAACAAUUACCAAAAUAUGGCUUCCAAGCUUUACCGCAACUGCGGGUCCUGAGUAUGGCUAAUAAUCGUUUGCGUGCAGUGAGUGAUACGGCUUUCAUAGGAUCAUUUCGUCUCGAACUGUUGCAUUUGCAAGAAAAUCAAUUGUCAUUGAUCGACGAGCGCGCAUUCUUGCCAUUAUCACAGUUAAGAAAUUUAAAUUUGCGCAGCAAUAAAUUACAGGCCAUAACAGAUAAUUUAUUUUCUAAUAACACAAAAUUAGAGCAAUUGGAUUUAUCUCACAAUGCCAUACGCACCAUAGCGACAACGGCCUUUGAAUCUCAACGUUCUUUGGAGUAUUUAGAUAUGUCAUUCAAUUCCUUAAGCGAUGUAUCCAUUAGCUUAUCCAAUUUGGUGAAUUUGCGUAGCGUUGAUUUAAGUUACAAUCAAAUCACUCACGUACAUGCCGAGAUAAUCUCCGCAUGGCGUGAUGCUACCGAAAUACGUUUAUCCAACAAUCUAAUAAGCGGCUUGAAACAAAAUACCUUUCGUAAUUUGCCUAAAUUACAAUACCUAGAUUUAUCCAGUAAUGAGAUAAAUUUGGUGGAGCCGGGGGCUUUGAAAAAUUUACCUGAACUUCAGGAGUACGUGUUGGCUGAUAAUAAGUUGGUAGAGUUAAAAGAUCAUGCCUUUGAAGAUUUGCCAAAUCUUCUGGCCGUACAUUUUCAAUAUAAUAAUCUUCGUGAUAUGUCGGCGGAUAGUUUUUUUAAUUCUCCUUUCAUAGUAUUUUUGAAUCUAUCCAAUAAUCAUUUCCAUAAUAUAGAAAGUAUUGGUUUAAGCAAUAUGCGAAACUUAGAAGUUCUGGACAUAUCUCAUAACGCCAUAAGAGUAAUUUCCACUAUGCCUUUAAGAUCAUUAAGUUGGCUGGUUGAAUUAAAAAUGGAUAACAAUGAAAUAUGCAAAGUACAGGGUUCACCAUUUGAGGCAAUGCCGCGUUUAAGGGUAUUAUCGAUGCGCAACAAUCGUUUGAAAGUACUUAAGGAAAGGACCUUUCGCAAUUUAAGAGGCAACAUAGCUAUUAUUGACAUUGAUGGAAACCCUAUUGACUGUUCAUGCGAUAUACAGUGGCUUUCUGUUUGGCUGCAAGAGACUAAUUUUCCCUAUCCAGGUCCCAAAUGUCAAGAUGGUCGUCUAUUGCGUUCAUCAAACGUGGAUAAAAAACUAUGCAGCAAUUAUGGAGGAGAUCAUUCACAAAAAUCUAAUUUAUUGUUCGGCGCUGAAGCGGACAAUCUAAACAACCUGCCCUUGCUUAACGAUCACGGAGACGUUUUCCAACGUGAUUUGAAUGAGAAAUACACGGACGAAUGUGAAAGUCGCGAUAUAUCGCCGAUCGAUAGGCCCUUGGCUGGUGAAAGUGAGUAUUUCUAUGAUCAAUAUAUUGAUUAUCAACCAGUGAACCCCACAAACAGUAAUGUGGUCAGCGAUACUCCAGCUGUAGGAUCCCAGGUUGAAAGUACUAAUACUGCCUUAAGUUCACAUAAAAAAAUUUCUCCUUCUGCAUCGACCGCAAUCGAUUCGCAUAUAGAUUUAAACAACACUAUUUUGAAUACGAAUUUUUUUAAAAGAAAACCAACUGUACCAACAAAUCACCCGCCAUCGUCGGCGUUUACGUUUUUCGGUUAUCCCUUACCCUCACUUAGCUUGAGCCGAUUCUUUGGGGCUCAACAAGGGCGCCGCAAAGAUCGCGGUGAGAGCACCGCAAUGUCAACCCCCACCUCGUUAAAUGUCGAAUUGCCUGCUACACAUCGAAUUGGAGUCAGUAUUAGUGGCAAUGGCCACGGUAAAGUGCGCAUGUAUCAACCAAACAGUGCUGAAUUUGAAAAGUACUUGAAAAAAAAAGAUAAACUUUCUGAAAUUCGUUAUCAAAAACAAAAGCAUCAAAACGGAAACUUUAACGGACACAGACAUCAUCAACAAUUUUCGUCGGAUGAGAUUUCUUUUACAGAAGGAAGUGAGAAAAGUAGUGAAAUCCCUACAAGCGUGUUUAAAACGGGUUUUCACACUCCGAAACAAGUUGAGAGUGGAGGUUUCACACCAAUGAUACCUCAUCUUAGUGUAGGUGGCUUUAAGCCCAUACCUGACCCAAGCAAACGUAAGGGCACCAUUGAAAUAGUCAACACAAUCAUUAAAGAAAACAAACGUCAUCAUGUUGCAAUUGUGACGGAAAAUACGCCUGGUAGUGUUAUACACAAACCACCAUUGGACAAUGGCGCUUACAGCGUCGAAAACGAAACAAGUAUUUAUUAUAUAACUGAGGCAGCAAGCAAUGAAAAUAUUGCAACCACCCCCGAAUACGUAAAUGCAACCACUUCACUAGUAAAUGCUACUCCAUUAACUCUACUAAAUUCAACCACGAGAGAUUCUAAUACAACAGAAUCCGACGAAGCGGAUACAUAUGAUGAUUUAGAAGCGCAAUCGGUAGGUUUUUUAAAACCGCCAUCUCUAGUAGAAACUACGACUGCGGAGACUAUUUUACUAAUACCGCCAUCGGAAGAACUGGUUGAACAUCUUAAAAGACAAACAUGGUUGUUUACAACACAAACAAUUGAUAGCGUCGAAACAAAUCAAUCUAUAACUACUUCAACUGUCAUUACAACUCCGGCAUCGUUAUUUGAUAUUUAUUCUUCAACUGAUGACAGCAUUGCCCGCACAGCUGCAAACAAAUUUUCGUCGGUAAAUGCGCCUCGUCCAGGGGGAGCAGCUCGUUCAACCAUAACUAAAGUCUAUACGCCACAAACUGUAAAUAAGUUCUUAUCCCCUGCUGAAGGAUAUGAGCAUACUUCACCGACAGCCGAUCGUGGCAAUAUUCUUAAUCGAUCUACAAAUCAUCCUCAAUUCACAGCAAAUGCUCAGAAACGAAACCAUCCUAUAGAAAAUAAUAACAACGAUCGUAAAGAUGGCAUGGAUUGGUAUUACGAAAGCUUUAAAAAGUCUCGCCCCGUUAUCUCUUCUCAUAAAUUUUAUACCGGCGAAGGCUCUAGUUCUUUAAGAAGUUCAGCAACUGCUCAUCACAAUCUCAGUAUGGUAGAAUUGUGUCUACUUGAUUUGCUGAUAACUCUUGCAAUGCUAUUACGUCGUGGAUAAAUUAAUUUUGAUUUUUAUGUACACUUAUUGUAUACAAAUGUUAAUAGUUUUUCACUUAGCGAAAUAAUAAUACAUCGUGUUAAUAAAACCAAUGAUUCGUUUCAAAUAAGGACGGUUUCAAUAAAGACUAGGAAAAAUUUCAACAAAUUUAGUAAAAUCUUGUUGUAAGGAACCCGCGCGCACUUAAUUUGUAUGACUUUCUAAUCGUUUACUAUUUGAAUGCUUUAAUUAUAUCAUGUUGAGAUCAUUCGUGAAUUCGAAGCAAAACUUGGGCGAAUUUCGAAAGUGCGAUCAUUAUACUCAACAUAUGCCGGUUGCAGUAUAUACAUUCACAAUUGCUCGAUUAAUUCUGCUUACAACAAAACUAAAUUAUACGAUCAAUGCUUCGAAGACAAUUAAUUGUCUUUGGUUAC